CCGCGGCCUGCGGCUCUCUUCCCCGCCCUUCACCACACACGUGCACACCAGCCCUUUAAGGCCCACGCCAGCCCUCUCCCCCGCCCACACCAGCCCUCGGCCGCCCACACCACCAACACCAGCCUCAGUGACCAGCGCCUCCCUCCCUCCCUGCCUCGUCCGCCCUCCUGGACCAGGAAGGGAGGGCCGCCGAUGUGCGAGUAACACCACGGAGGUCGCUGCUGCUGGAGCCCCAGGUGCUCCCCAGCUAGCAUGGAGGGUGUCCAGGGCACUCCAGUUAUACUGGAGCAGCUGGAGGACGCCAAAACCCUGCUGGUGUACUGCGAGGGAGACCAGUCCUCCAGUGACCAGCUCCAGCAGCUCUCGGCCGCCCUGGACCUCCAGCCUCCUGUCACCAGGGUCGACCAAGAAGAAGCAGUGUGGCUUGUGGGUAACACCAUACAGCUAGAACUUCAAGAUGGUAACAGUGUUGAAGAGGCUGUUUUGCUGGAAGGGUCAGAGGUGGUGGGAGAUGGUGCCUUGACAGGAGGGGAGACGCUGUUGCUCCUGAACGAUGAUAUUCAUUUGCUUCCCAUCUCUCGGGAUACUGCUACAUCAGAGGAUGUUCUGGUAAAAGUUGGUGAAAGCAAAGAAGCAAGAACAGCCUGGUCCAAAAACUACCAGUCUAAAGUACCAAAUAGAUCAAGCCAUUACAGUGAAGAGAUGCAAAAUGUGAGCAAGCUUAACAUGCCAAUACAGACAACACCAAAGACCUAUUCUUGUGUCAAUUUUAGGACCUCGUCAAGGUCUCCAUCGACAGCAUCUUCCUUACCUUUAACAUUAGAAUCAAGACCUUUGUUAUCAGUAACUGAACCUGACACUGUUUUAAAGAAUACUUCUAAAUGUUUGAGCAAUUUACAUUUGCCUAUUAAGAUAAAAGAGACAGAAAAAUUUCAAAAGGUUUCUUCACUGCCAGAGCACCAGGAAAAAGUGUCACGGCCAUCGGGAGUAAAAUUUAAGCUAGCCACAAGUUCAAAAUCUUCACUUGAUGAAGAUGAGCUUAGUGAAGAACCUUUUUUAGGUCCUUCAAUGCGAUGGCCAACUCAGCCUAAGAGUUACCGAGGAGCAAAACCAAGAGAUGGAGUAAUACUCAGGAAAAAUGUGAGAAAGGUAACACAGAGAGUAGACACUGACGGUGAGACAAGUGGUAUGGGAUCAUCUGUGGAUGAGCCAAUUGAGUCGUCUACAGAGUCGGCUUCUGAAGCUCCCGCUUUAAUCCCAUCUUUCAUCCAGCCUCGACCAUCGGCCUCCAGGGGACCCUCUACAUCUCCAACUGCUGUCAAGAAACGGAGAGGAGGUUGGCCAAAGGGGCGGAAGAGGAAACCUGAACUUCCAGGAGCCAAGCCGCCAAAAGCACCUUUGACAGCAUAUGUGCUUUUCCUGAAUGAGAGGCGAAAAUACUACAAAGAGGCACACCCAGAACUGAGCUUUGGGUCUGUGACAAAGUUACUAGGGGCAGAGUGGUCAGCCAUGACUGGUGAACAGAAGGCAGCAUUUGUCACACGCUCGGAGCAGGAUAAGAGGCGCUACAGAAAUGAAUUACAAGCAUACCGCCAAUCACAUGACUAUCAACUGCUUUUGAGGAAGAAGAGAAUUAAGAAUGUCAUCAGAAGAGGUGGCACAACAACUGAAGAAUCGUCUGACUUCACAGAUGAAAUUGAUGAUGAUGACAGUGAGGAGUUGUAUUGCCGCAUCUGUGACCAGCUGUUCACAUCACUUCACAAUAAGAGAGAACAUCUGUAUGGCAAACAGCAUCUUCAGGCUAUAACAGGAGAAUAUCAGCGUGAGAGACUGGCUGAAGAGGAGAGGCAGAUGGCAGCAGCUACAGUAUCAGGCAGAAGUGGAGACUGUCUCAACUGUGGUUCUUUUGUUAGUUCCCAGAUGCAGUGUUCUCGAGCUGGACCGAAUCUCCUGCCACCAGGAGUGUGUCCAACUUGCUGCUCAGGUGUGCCAGAGUUGGCUCAUUGUGAACAGUCUCCAAGACCACAUGAAGAUGAUGACGAUCAUGAUGGAGAUGAAGAAGAUGAAGAGGAGGAGGAGGAAGGGGAAGUAGAUGAAGAAUUGGAUGCUGAUGAGGAAGGAGAAGUGACAGAGGAGGAGGGAGCAGCUAGUGGCAUGAGUAGUAUGGCAGAUGCUCUUGAAGGUGUAAUGCUCAAAAUGUUAGAACGAGAGCAAGAAAUCAAAGCCCUCAAGCAGAGUAGUGAAGAUUCUCGUUCUCACAACUUGCAGCUUGCUACAUCACUCUUACAGCUACGUGAACAAGAACAGCAGCUAGACAGGGAUCAAGAGGUGCUUCAGAAAGAAAAUGAUCAAUUAAAGACAGAAGCAGAUGCACUGUGGAUGUUGCCUGCUUUGUUUGGAGUCACUCCUCUGGAGAUGGUCAAUAUCACCCUUCGGCAGGACCAGCAGGUAGAUGCCACAGGGGCACUGCUUGACAUUACGUAAAGAAGUUCCUACUGUUAAAUGUGUGGUAUUUCAUGUAGUGCUUUAUUAUUUUUCAUCAUUUUAAUGACUUGUGUUUUAAUUAAAUGUUGGUGAACAGCCUCUGUGGCACCUUAGACUAGACGUGACUGUAAUUUUUCAUGUGCUGCUCUACAUUAUUUGACUUUAAGCUCAUGAAGAAAAGGAAGAUUUUAAUGCUUGAGUGUUAGAUAUUUUGACAUACCUACUAGUAUGUGGUAUUAUCAAGUUAGCAGUAGCAUAUGUUUAUAUAUUAAAACUGUUUAAUAAUGAUUGUGAUAAUGACUGCAUAUUACUUCAUAGUUAGGUAAAAUUUUAAAUGAUGGUUGUAGACAUAGACAAAAAUAAGAUAUAAGAACUCUAAGGCAUUUUCUUGUUUUUGCAUAGUACACAGUAGUGUAACUCGCAAAGUAUGGCAUAUUUAUUUCACGUGUGGUUUUAUCCCUCAAUUUGCAUAAACCAUAUACAUAAUUUUGUCCCUCUAGCUGGUCAGUUAGGCAAUCAUGCAUAUAGAGUACAGAAUGUUGCACCUCUUUAAUCACUGGAAACUGCCAUACAGUAUUCAGUUAUUACCCUUUAGGAGGAUGGGCGAGAUAGUUUGAUUCAGUAACAUUACUGGUGCUUUUGUGCGCGUGUGUCUCGUGGCAGGUUAUUAACACAUUUUGUAAAAUCAUUCUACAGACAUG